AUGGUUCGUGAGCCUUCAAAAUCUACUGUUGUUUGGGAAUCUUCCCCUAUUACAAGUGAAGGAGUGCUGCAGAGCUGCGGUUCUGUACCACCUGUGUUAACACAUGCUACUGGUGCGCAUCAGUCAGUAGUAAAUUCAUAUGCAAGGGAAGGAGUGCUGCAGAGCUGCGGUUCUGUACCACCUGUGUUAACACAUGCUACUGUUGCGCAUCGGCCAGUAGUAAAUUCAUAUGCAAGAGAAGGAGUGCUGCAGAGCUGCGGUUCUGUACCACCUGUGUUAACACACGCUACUGGUGCGCAUCAGCCAGUAGUAAAUUCAUAUGGCAGUGGAGGUGUCGUUCAGAGCGGUUUUGCACCAUCUGUGUCAACACUUGCUACUGGUGCGCAUCAACCAGUAGUAAAUUCAUACGAAAGUGGUAAUCGUCAAGUUGGUGAUGAGAUUUAUCAGGCGGUACCGAAUUCAGCUUUGCCACUUCAAACAGCAACAAGUGCUGUUCCUCCAGAUUAUGGUGCUAUGAUUAAUGCUCUGCGAGAAGGUUUCACAUUGCCCAAAGUUGAACUGAUGGAGUUUGAUGGAAAUCCCCUGCGUUUCCAUGCCUUCAUGAAGUCAUUUGAGACUAACAUUCAUUGUCACCAACAUGCGCCUGAGACAAAGCUUGCACAGCUGAUUCAAUUGUGUUCUGGCAUCGCAAAGGAUGCCAUCAAGAAUUUAGUACUAGUGUCGCCACCAAGCAAGGGCUAUCAGAUGGCGUGGCAAACCUUACAUGAACAGUUUGGUAACCGAACUGUGGUAAUUGAAGCUACAAGUAAAGAGGUAACAAAUGGUCCCAAGAUUAUGAACGAUGACACUCAAGGACUUUGCAAGUUGGCCACUCAACUGCGUAAUUGUGAGAUUGUGCUUAGUGAGUGGAAUGCAAAUUCAUUCAUGGAUGGCUAUGAAAAUCUUGAGCGUGUAUUCUCACGUCUGCCCAUGUACUUGCAACGAAAGUAUGCGGACCAAUUUGAUGACAGUAAACUUCCUACAUUUUCACACUUGGUUGCAUUCGUGGUGAAGAAAGCGCAGCUAACUACUACAUUUUAUGGUCGGAUUGUGACCAAGAAUUCUGCCAAACAGAAAUCAACUAUUCGAGUCACCAAACCUAGGAUGACAAGAACUACAUCGUAUGCAGUCACCAAUACCCAAGAGAAGACUCCAGGACCCAAGGUAGCUGAUUUGCAGUACAAGUGUGUGGACUGUCAAGGAAAUCAUGCUUUACACAACUGUGUCGAGUUUAAAGGGAGAAGUGUUAAUGAUCGCGCCGAAAUGGUGAGACGAAAUAAUCUUUGCUUUAAUUGCUUGUAUCGUUCUCAUCGUGCAAAUAAUUGUCCUUCUAAAUAUGUGUGUCAAGUGAAUGGCUGUGGUAAAUUACAUCACAGUUUAUUACAUGUUGAUCAAAAGAAGCCACCAACCACUGGUGCUCAUUUUUCUAGCAAUGCUAAUUCUCAAAUUAAUGUGUCUGCCCCCAAGAAAGAAAAUGGGGCCGGUGCUUAUUUCGCAAAUGUUAAUUGUUCGGAAAAUAUUCAAAAUUUUGUUAGACUUAAGGUUGUACCUGUGCAACCAAGCAAUGGUGCUUCUGAUGCUGUGUGUACUUAUGCCUUUUUAGAUGAAGGGUCUACCAGAUCCUUGUGCUCCCACAAUUUACUUGCAAAAUUGGGUAUUGAGGGUAAACCUGAAGAUUGUAUGCUCGCAACAGCGAAUGGUAGUAAAUUACACAGUGGUAAAACAGUUUCACUGAAAGUAAAAGGUUGUGAUUCGGAAAGGGUUGUUGACAUUCCCAAUGUUUUGGCAAUUAAUUUACCCAAUUUAGAGAGUUCUAUCCCGACUGCUAAUGUGUUACAGAAAUAUCCUCAUUUGGGUGAUUUGGAAUUUCCUGUGCUAGGAUCUAGUGAGGUUGAUUUAUUGAUUGGUGCUGAAGUGUUAGCCAAUCAUCCCAUUUCUGAAAUUAGGCUUUGUGAUCAAAAGGCAAAGUUUCCCGCUGCUCACAGGACAGUAUUUGGUUGGGCUCUUUUCGGUCCUGACAGAACUAUGUCUCAUAGCAGUUGUGAAAGUGUAAGUGAUGUUUCAUGUCCUCGUCUAAAUACUGUGUGUGCAUGUGAUACUGAUCAAUUUUUGUGCAAAAUUUGUGGUCAUGAUUUUAUAGAUUUAGAUUGUGAUCUCUUCACCACUGAACAUUCCCUAGAUGAUAAGAAAGCUCUUGUAGUGAUGAAUGACACUGCAGUAAAAGUAAAUGGAAGGUACCAAGUUGCUCUUCCAUGGAAAGAUAAAAAUAUUAAACUUCCAAACAAUCGUCAAAUGGCAGUGAAAAGAUUAGAGUCCCAAAAACGAAAAUUUGUUAGGGACCCUGAUUUAUUUUUCAAAUACAAGUCCAAAACUAAUGAUUACUUAGACAAGGGGUAUGCGGAAAUAGUGCCUGAGGGUGAUUCUGGGUAG